CUAAGAGAGAGAGAUUUCAAGAGAACAGAAAAUGAACAGGGAAAAUGGUGGUACAUUUAUUGAAUUCAGUAACUGUUAAAAGUUAAUAGGAAACUAAGGCAAAUGGUAUGUGGUAAUCUGGCUCUGAAGUUAGCUCUGUUACUCUUCAAAAGGCAUGUUUGAGGUUUUGGCCUCCUGGGCAACUUGCGGUGGAGUUCUGUCAUUUUCCCUUUACUGCUGGAAAAGAAGGCUCAAGAGGAAAAGUCCAGGUUUUGCUGAAGAUAUUAAUCUUCAUCAUCCCAGGUGCCACACUACAAGAAUGAUUCAGUUGACAGCUACCCCUGUGAGUGCACUUGUUGAUGAGCCAGUGCGUAUCCGAGCUACAGGCCUGACUCCCUUUCAGGUGGUGAGUUUUAAGGCAUCACUGGAAGAUGAAAAGAGAAACAUGUUUUAUUCUCAAGCCCACUAUAGGGCCAAUGAAUUUGGUGAGGUGGACCUGGAGCAUGCUUCUUCACUUGGAGGGGAUUAUGUGGGAGUCCACCCCAUGGGUCUCUUCUGGUCCCUAAAACCCGAAAAGCCAUUAAAAAGACUGUUGAAAAGAGAUGUGAUGAAUAGCCCCUUUCAGGUCCAAUUAAAACUUUAUGACUUAGAGGCACUACCGUACAGUAAAGCUACCAGUGCUCCAAAGGCCAGCCUGACUCUGAAGAGGUGGUAUGUGGCACCUGGUGUCACACGAAUUCAGGUUCGAGAAGGCCGCCUUCGAGGAACUCUCUUUCUCCCUUCAGGAGAGGGUCAAUUCCCAGGGGUAAUUGAUUUGUUUGGUGGUUUGGGUGGGCUGGUUGAAUUUCGGGCCAGUCUGCUAGCCAGCCGUGGCUUUGCCUCCUUGGCCUUGGCUUACCAUGACUAUGAAGACCUGCCCUCCGAUCCAGAAGUAACAGAUUUGGAAUAUUUUGAGGAGGCUGCCAACUUUCUCCUCAGACAUCCUAAGGUCUUCGGCUCAGGCAUAGGGGUAGUCUCUGUAUGUAAAGGAGCAGUGAUUGGGCUGUCUAUGGCUAUUCAUCUAAAACAAGUCACAGCCGCGGUACUUAUUAAUGGGACCAGCUUUAAUUUUGGUGUUCCACAGGUAUAUCGUGGUCAGAUCUAUCCGCCCCUUCCCUAUUCUCCACAAUUAAUAUCCACCAAUGCCUUGGGGUUAGUAGAGUUCCAUCAGAUUUUUAAGGAAACUCAAGUUGGGGCCAGUCAAUAUUUUUUUCCCAUUGAAGAGGCCCAGGGGCAUCUCCUCUUCAUUGUGGGAGAAGAUGAUAAGAAUCUCAACAGCAAAGCACAUGCUGAACAAGCCAUAGGACAGCUGAAGAGACAUGGGAAGAACAACUGGACCCUGCUAUCUUACCCUGGGGCAGGCCACCUGAUAGAGCCUCCCUAUUCCCCUCUGUGCUGUGCCUCAAUCAUGCACGAUUUGAAGAUGUACUGGGGAGGAGAGGUGAUCCCACACGCGGCUGCACAGGAACAUUCUUGGAAGGAGAUCCAGAAAUUUCUCAGGAAGCACCUCAUUCCAGAUGUGACCAGUCAACUCUAAGAAGACUAGAUAUUCCUAGAAAAUAAAGAAGCAAAUCUCUUUACCAGAACCUUCUCUCAAUUUUCAUGGAGGAAUGUCCUCCCCCCAACACACACAUUUUUUUUUUAAUUAAUUUUGAUGAUUAAAAAGAGCACAGGGUAAAAACCUGAGAUUUCACUUAUACUGCAUAACAAGCUGGCCAAAUUGGACAUGGGGGAUAAAUCAUAAAACAAAUAAUUUUACUUAUUAUUUACAUGACUUUUCUUACCAUCAGGUUUUCUAAAUGGGACUGAGGUAUAGUACACUGGCAAAAAUAAGAAAAGGCAAACAAGAAUAGCACCAAAGUAACAGAUACCCAAAACCAAAUACCAUGUCAGAAAACACCAUAUAGUAACAAUUUAUCAGAUUAGCGCAGCAGGAGAAAGUUACAAUUAAUUAUUUUAGUGAUAUUUUUCAACUUCACCACAGUAAAUUUGCAACAUCAUUUUUCAUUUGAGGAGUAGUAAAAUUCAGGUCAAAAAGGAAAGAAGGAAUGGAGCAGGUCAGUUAAUUCAUUCCAGUAAAUUACCUCUUCAGUUCUGAAAAACAUGCCCAUUAGCACAUAACUGAGACAUAAUAACUAAGACUAGAAGAGACUUGGUUUAAGUUGUGAAGCAAAUUCUAAUGGAAAAUACAAGAAAAUGGAAGCAAUGAGUUUGAAAAUGCCCCUUACUGAAAAUAUGUACUAAAAAUAAAAUUAA